UUUCGAAUAACAAAAGAAAUCUAAUUAUCGUUCCCUUAAUUUUUACAUUUUCUGUUUUUUCGAUUGAAGAUCAUUUCUCCCUCUAUUUCUCUCUCGCUAUCUCCCAAAUAUUGAUCGCCGGAAAAAAUCGCUGCCCAAAUAUCCGGUCAUUUUCUCCGAAGAUCUCUUCGAUCAAUCCAACGGUCUGAUUUUCGCUUCCUCAGAUCUCACAGAACAUACUGGUACUUAUCCUGAUGCAGAAGAAGCGUAGUGGAACAUUUUUGUAGGAAAGCAUUUGAAUCUGGAUACCUAUUCGAUUCGUCUUUUGAUUUAUCCAUUUGAGUUUCUUUCCACUGAAUAUCGUCGUGAUAUCGAGUUCGGAAAACUUAGGGUUUAUUAUUGUAGGGAGAAUCGAGGAAACAGCUAGGGUUCUCUGAGGUCCGUUCUAGUGCGUUUAGCCAUGUUUAAGAAGAUCAUGAAAAGUGGGAGCCGAAAGACCUCCCGAACCGAGGCGAAUGAUCCGUCUAUGUUUGGUUUUGAUCCACCGGGUAGGUCAGGUCUUGGGUCCAAUAUGGUUGUAAAUCACGCAUCUCGUGGUUCGCCGAUUCCUUCUUCUCCGGGUUCAAUGGCGGCCACUCAACUGCCUCCUAUGUAUUCAGUCGAGCCUCUCCCUUUGUUCAGAGACGUGCCUGUUCCCGAGCGCCAAUCCCUGUUCCUGAGGAAACUUCAGAUUUGCUGUUUCCAAUUUGAUUUUACAGACACUUUGAAGAAUGCGAGGGAGAAGGAGAUUAAAAGGCAAACCUUGUUGGAGCUUGUUGAUUUUAUACAGUCUGGAUCGGGGAAGAUCAAUGAAGCUUGUCAGGAAGAAAUGGUAAAGAUGAUCUCUGUCAAUAUAUUCCGGUGUCUCCCUCCGGCUUCACACGAGAAUACAGGUCAAGAGCCUGCGGAUCCUGAGGAAGAGGAGCCUUAUUUGGAACCCUCUUGGCCUCACUUACAGUUAGUUUAUGAGUUGCUGCUGAGAUACGUUGUUCCUUCUGACACUGAUACAAAGGUUGCAAAACGGUAUAUUGACCAUUCUUUUGUCUUGAAGUUGCUUGAACUUUUUGAGACUGAAGAUCCAAGGGAAAGGGAGUACUUGAAAACGAUUCUUCAUAGGAUUUAUGGGAAGUUUAUGGUCCACAGGCCCUUUAUUAGGAAAGGAAUCAACAAUAUAUUCUAUAGGUUUAUUUACGAGACAGAGAGACAUAGCGGGAUUGGGGAGCUUUUGGAGAUUCUGGGUAGUAUUAUUAAUGGGUUUGCCUUGCCAAUGAAGGAGGAGCACAAGCUCUUUUUGAUCAGGGCGUUGAUACCGCUGCAUAAGCCAAAACCAAUCGCUAUGUAUCAUCAGCAGUUGUCUUACUGCAUUGUUCAGUUUGUAGAGAAAGAUUAUAAGCUUGCGGAUACAGUAAUCAGGGGAUUGUUAAAGUUUUGGCCUGUGACAAACUGUACAAAGGAGGUUCUCUUCCUUGGUGAACUUGAAGAGGUUCUCGAGGCAACACAAACUGUUGAGUUCCAACGCUGUAUGGUCCCUCUGUUCCAACAGAUUGCUCGCUGCCUCAAUAGCUCUCAUUUUCAGGUUGCAGAACGAGCUCUGUUUUUGUGGAACAACGAGCACAUCGUGGGUCUAAUCGCGCAGAACCGAAGCGUAAUCCUUCCCAUAAUAUUUGCUUCCCUGGAGAAAAACAUAGAGUCACACUGGAACCAAGCGGUUCACGGUUUAAGCUCGAAUAUAAAGAGAAUGUUCAUGGAGAUGGACCCUGAGCUCUUUGAAGAAAGCCAACAACAGUACGAAGAGAAACAAGCCAAAUCGAGAGAAGUGGAAGAGCAACGCCAAAGUAGGUGGAGGAGAUUAGAUGAAGCAGUGGAAGACCGAGAAAGGCUAGGGGAAGAAGAUCAUAUGAUCACUUCUUAGAAAAAUACCAAAUCAAGUAAUAAUAUUCAUUUUUUUUCAUUUUCUUUUCAUUUCACUAAGCGUUGCAAUUAUUAUAUAUUAUUACUUUUUGCCUUGUUUUUUUUACAACU